UUUGUUGUACACGUCACCGGAAGUGACACUCAAGCUUCCGUGUAAGCGGUGUUUGCAAACUGAGCGUGUUUGAUAUUUUUGUUGUAUUUUCACCUAAAAUGCUCAAAAAGAAGUCAAGUGGCAGCGGAAAGAAAAGGAAAAACGCUCCGUCUGAGGAGCGGCAUCGAAGCACUAAGCGCAGAAGCGCAGAAAGCAACGUAGUGGACGAGCUUGCCGACCCGGAACUGGACAGGGUUGGCAGUGACAUCGAGGAAGGGGGUCUCGACCUCGGGGUGCCGUUCAAGCCCAUCACCGCAUACGUAAGCGACAAGAGGGAGAUGCUGGAGCAGUGCUUCGGCGUCCUGGGUGAGAAGAAGCUCCGCAGGAUGCUGCCAGAGCAAUUCAAGGAUUGUGGCUUGGAGGAGAUCCGAAAAAUGUGCUGGGAACAACUGGAACCAAUCUCUGAGAGAAACAUCAUGCAGAUCUUGUCUGGGAAGGAAGUGACUAAAGACGAAGACACAAGCCAACGUCCACAACAGGCCUUGGAGAAACAGAAAGACAACAGCGUGGAUUCCACAGCAUCCAUCAAAGAGACGGAAAAUAUGAACAAGCCCCAGCAAGAGGGCGGCUCGACCGAGGAAAGCGACGUCCUUAGCAUCAACGCCGGCGACAGCGACAUCGACGCACCAAAAGAUGAGGCAACGGUCAAGAUGGCGGACGGCAGCGGGGGCGAACGGCCGAAGCCCACCGAGCCCGAAAAGGACUUCCAAAGCGCCAUCGACCAAAGUGUCAGUGAGAUCCUAGCGCCAGCGGAUGAGGUGGCGGCCGCCGUCCAGCAGCGGGAUGUUGCCGCCGUGCCGUGUCAGCCCUCACUUCAGCAGCUGGAGCUUCUGGAGCUGGAGAUGAGGGCCCGCGCCAUCAAGGCCCUCAUGAAGGCCAGUCACAGGAAAGUGCCGUAGAGACGUCAAACGUCACAACCGUCAUUUGAGUUGGUGUUGUCUUGAAUGCCAACGUCAAAACGAAGCCAGUGUGAAGUGUGUUUUCCUGUAUGUGCACUAGGUGGCAGUGUUACUCUGCCUUUCCAGUCAUGCUUGGAUAUUGACUUGAAGGUGGUCUCUUUUUUAAGUGUUCCCUCCCAACUAUGUUUUUUAGGAUACAUUUCUAAAUGAUUUAUGGAACCAGAAAGGAUACGAUAGUGACUACCAUUAUUGCAGUUUUCCUGUAUUAUUGUAACAAUCCAAGUUGCUUUAAUAACAUUUUUUAAACUCAAUUACAUAUCCAUGUUAAUGA